AGAAUGCUUGGUGGUCGCGCGAGAAGUUGAAGAAGUCACCGGAGGUGAGAAGUACAGUGCUGCUUCGUUAGGAAGGCAAAAUGAAUCACGCAGCCCGGUCGACGUGUAGGCUAUAUAUAGCAACCACCUCGUUUCCCCUUUUGAUCUCAAGUCUAUCCAUCAGUGCAAAUGAAGAAAAUGUUCUUGUUUUGGUUGAUUGCUCCAACUUAGUGAUCCAGUUCAUCUGGAAAGGGAAAGAACGGAAGAUCAGGUAUAUCGCGCUUCCUAUUCCUACAUCACCUCUUGUUUUGUUCAUUUUGUUCUUCCUAUUCCACCAUUUUCGAAGGUUUAUCCUGUAAGCAGAUCUCCCCCUUUCUCCAUUGUUCCUUGUUCUGUGCUUUAAGUAUAGGCGCGUUGACUUGAUACCCGGUUACUGGAUUCCCGAUCUUGUAUCUGAUCCAUUCCAGCCGUCAACAAAUCGUUGUCGUUUGGAGGGUUAAGAACCAAAGAAUUCAAAAUUAGGCCAAAUUAAGAUGCAGCUUUAAGUCUCAAUACCGAAGGGCGGAGGACAACUUCGUAAAUCUGAAAUCAAAUAGAAGGUGAGAAGGAAAUAUAUAUAGUGACUGUUGAAGGUCGGUGUCUACAAGAAAUGGUGGCUUCUUCUAGUGCUGCUAAAGCAGCAAAGACCAGCAAUCACAAACAAACGGGUAGCACAGCAACAACUGCUGAUUUUAAGCAAAAGGCAAAAGCACCUCCAACUCCAGCUCAGAGAAGAGCGAAACAGUUGGUGGACAAAAGAUACCGGGCAAACAAAAAAAGGAAGUUUGAGGAACUUCUGGAAGAAAACCUGAGGAUGGGUGCGGAGCUGGAGGAAAAGAACUCUCACAUAGUUCGCAUAACAAAUGAAAACCAGGAACUAUGGAGAGCUCUUAAGAGACAGGAGGCCAAGGAGGAACUGAUGAAGCAAAUUCCCUGUGCAUGGAAAGUUGACGGGACAAAUUUUACUUCUUUUGACCAGGCGGAAACCUGGUUUCUGUCGCAGACCUAUGAUCAAGGCCCGAACGACACUAACAACAAUGCAACUACUUCUGCUGCUGCUGGCCCCUCGUGUGUUGCAAAUCAUGGCUUGCCAAAAAAAGCAGAUAAUAAUCCUUUCAGUCAUGACCCUGCAGCCGGAUUUCCAACUGCUUCUGUUGUUGGCUCCUCUGCCACAUAUCUUGAGUCGGCCUCUGUGUUUGAUGCGCUAGAUAAUCUUGAUAUCAGUUCUCUUUUCACUGAUCAUGACCUUGCUGCCGAAUUUCCAAAUCUCUCAGCAGCUGGCCCCUCCUUUAUCACAGAUCAUGACUUGACCUCUGUGUUUGAUGCGCUAGAUAGUCAUGAUAUCAGUGAUCUUUCCACUGAUCAUGACCUUGCUGCGGCUGGCUCCUCAUUUGUUGCAGGUCAUGACUUGCCUGUCUUGGUUGAUGUUCCAAAUAAUCAUGAUACCAUCAGUAAUCUUUUCACUCAUGAUGACCCUGCUGCCGAAAAUGAAUCAGGAUUUCCAAUUGGUUUUGUUGCUGGCUCCUCUGCCGGAAAUCAUGACUUGCAUGCCCCCAAAUCUUACGAUAUCAGUGGUCUUUUCACUCAUUACCCUGCUGCCGAUGAAAAAGCAGCUUUGUAAAUUUACACUGAGAAAAUCCCAUCUUCAAAGACGGUUUAGAGAUGGUACCUAUAAGCUCCUCACCUCCUCAAGCAUAUAUGCACACCUUUUCUAUGUGAAGAGCUAUAUAAUGGUUAAUUUAUUGUGCAUGCCACCAAGUUAAGGAGCCAUUUAUAUCGUCUCUGAAUCUCGCAUAUUUUUUGCGUGUGUUUCUUAAUAUUUUGAUCGUCUCGGAAUCCUUUUUAUAUGUAUUUUUGGAGAUUUAUAUCGUCUGUGCUUUUUAUAUGUAUUUCUUCAAGUCUUGGACCUUUUUAUAUGUAUUGUUGAACACGUAUUUUUAUGUUAUAAGAAUGCGUACGGUGUUUGCUUAAUAA